AUGCCGAGUGUGUCUCUGUCUAAAGUGCAUAAGCACAUCUCAAAGAAGCGAGGGGCCAUGGACUCCAUGCAUGAGAAUAGUCGCGACGCUCGUCGUCUGCGCCGAGCUGGUUCCAGAGAAGAACGACUGUCUCACCAUGCUGGUAUGGUUCAGAAAGCUCGCCAGCCCUACAUGGAGCGUAUUCAAUAUUUCCAUGAGGCCAUUCAAGAUAGAGAUGAGCCAUUGUCUGACGCUGAGCUUACAGAGCUCAUUCUCAGGUGCAUCCACAGAGACAAUGAAGAAAUUACGCAGCUCAAAUCUGAGCGCCGGAAAGGACGGCCGCCAACCCGAAGAGAGGAGCUUUUGAACCAGCGGACCGAGACAGAAGAGAAGGAAUUUAAGACUGGGUUUUGGUUACCCGAUCUGGGUGAUAUGGAUGUGUUUCUUGCGUUGAAGAAAUGGAAUGGACACUGGGCCGGUCUCAGUUCAUUGAAAUUCCUCCGAAUCACGCAAGAAGGAGCGAGGCAGGCCUCAAACUUCCCUCCUAAGGGCAUGUCCUAA